GGGUCUUUGAGUCUACGGGUCUCCGGGUCUCCGUCCCGGCUGCAGCGCCAUGGUGCUGUGCCCGGUGCUCGGAAAGCUGCUGCACAAGCACGUGGUACUGGCCAGUGCCUCCCCGCGCCGCCGGGAGAUUCUCAGCAACGCGGGUCUCAGGUUUGAGGUGGUUCCUUCCAAGUUUAAAGAGAAGCUGAAUAAAGCCUCCUUCCCCACCCCCUAUGCAUACGCCGUGGAGACAGCCAAGCAGAAGGCCCUGGAAGUGGCUAGCAGGUUGCACCAGAAGGACCUCCGGACCCCCGACGUGGUCAUCGGGGCAGACACCAUCGUGGCGGUGUCUGGGCUGAUUCUGGAGAAGCCGGUGGACAAGCAGGAUGCCUACAGGAUGCUAUCCAGGCUGAACGGGAAAGAGCAUAGUGUGUUCACGGGUGUUGCCAUCGUCCACUGCUACAGCAAAGAGGGUCAGCUGGACACUGAGGUCUCCGAAUUCUACGAGGAAACAAGUGUGAAGUUCUCGGAGCUGUCCGAGGAGCUCCUCUGGGAAUACAUCCACAGUGGGGAGCCCAUGGACAAAGCUGGCGGCUACGGGAUCCAGGCUCUGGGCGGGAUGCUGGUGGAGUACGUCCGCGGGGACUUCCUCAAUGUCGUGGGCUUCCCGCUGAACCACUUCUGCAAGAAGCUGGUGGAGCUGUACUACCCUCCCCGCCAGGGGGACCUGCAGAGGGCCAGGCAGGACUCUAUCCCACCCGUGGACACCUUUGAGAAUCCCAGAGACGUGGACGGUGCCGGCUGCAUGCCUGUGCAGAGGACGGCGGGCAGCAGCAAGGACAGGGCAGAGGCUGGCACUGACCACCAGGCUGGGGGCACCCUCGACACAGACUGCAACAGGAUGGUGGGGCCUCUGCCCCCUUUCCCGGCCAGUCUUCUAGAACUGGUAGAUGGCUUCAAAGUAUCAAAGGCCCUGUUCACCGCAUGCAGACUGAAGGUGUUUGACGUGUUGAAAGGUGAAGUGCCCCAGAAGGCUGAGGACAUUGCCAGCAUAGUGGACAUCUCUGUGUGUGGAGCAAAACGACUGCUGGACGUCUGUGCCACCCUGGGGCUCCUGGAGAGGUCCGAGCGAGGUAAUCGGUGUCUCUGCAUCUCUGUGGGUGGGAGAAGUCACCAAGUUAAGGUGAGCUCCCAAAGCCCCCUCCCUGGCCCUGAGGACAGUAGGGGAGCCCAUGGACCCUUGGGCCCACCGCAGUGCCUGCUCAGACCCUUCCCCCUUUUCCAGAACACCUCCCUCCAGACCAGAGAGGACAAGCUGCAGUUUGUGGGGGCCAUGCACAGUCUCGGCAAGCUGACCACACGCCAGGUGGUCACGGCCUUCGACCUGUCCCCGUUCGCCUCCGCCUGUGACCUGGGAGGCUGCACGGGUGCCCUGGCCCGAGAGCUGUCCCGGCAGUACCCGCGUCUGAAGGUGACCGUGGUCGACCUCCCAGACAUCAUCGAGCAUGUCUUCUGUUUUCAACGUGAUGGGCCAGAGAUGGCGCGCGUCAGGUUCCAGGCAGGUGACUUCUUCAGAGACAGCCUCCCCAAGGCUGACCUGUAUAUCCUGUCCAGAGUCCUCCAUGACUGGCCGGAUGACAGAGUCCAGGGGCUGCUCAGCAGAGUGUCCAGCAGCUGCCGUCCAGGGGCCGGCCUCUUGCUGGUGGAAGCUAUUAUGGACUCAGAGGAGCGAAAGCCGCGGGCCAGCCUGAUGUGGUCACUGAACUCACUGCUGCAGACGGGGGGCAGGGACAGGUGUGUGGCUGACUACCGGGCCCUGCUGGAGCAGCACGGCUUUGGGGACGUGCAGGAGGCGCCCGCCGGGCCUGGCCUGACUGCGCUCUUGGGCACCAGAGUUGGCCAGUGAGAUGGGGCACUGCAGGCAUCCUACGGACCUUCUUGCUGGGCUGGGCUGAGGGACCACCAGCCCCAAAUGCUGGUCUUCAGAGGAAGUGUUAAUUAAUCCAAGUCACUCCCAGAUGGGCUAUGAUGAUGGAAUAAAGUGAGGGAAAGCUGG